GCUAUCUUUCGAAGAUUAAUUCAUAUUCGUACAUAAACUAUAAAAUAAAGAUCCUUCUUUCUUUCUCUCUGCAGCUAUGUCGAGAAAGACGAGAGAUGAAAGAGAGGAGGAGAGGGGUUUGUUCUGGGAUGGGGUUAUAGAGGGAAUGCCUCUGUUUGCUAAAGAAUUGAUUGCUGGUGGCGUGGCUGGGGGCGUUGCAAAAACUCUCGUCGCUCCUCUUGAACGUGUCAAGAUUUUGUUUCAGACUAGAAGAGCAGAAUACCACAGUGUUGGGCUUUUAGGCUCCUUUAAUAAGAUUGCUAAAACAGAAGGACCACUUGGCUUUUAUAGGGGGAAUGGAGCAAGUGUUGCUCGAAUUGUUCCAUAUGCAGCACUGCACUAUAUGGCUUAUGAGCAAUACAGGCGGUGGAUUGCAUACAGCUUUCCUGAAAUUGGAGGAGGUCCCAUUCUUGAUCUUGUGGCAGGAUCUUUUUCUGGAGGCACGGCUGUUCUCUUUACCUACCCACUUGAUUUGGUUAGGACCAAAUUGGCUUAUCAGGUUGUGGGAACCAGUAAAUUGAAUGUUAAAGGGAUUAUUCCCUCUGAAGAAGCUUAUAAAGGAAUAUUGGAUUGCUUUUCCAAGACUUAUAGAGGGGCUGGAUUUAGAGGCUUAUAUCGUGGUGUGGCUCCAUCAUUGUAUGGGAUAUUUCCAUACGCGGGGUUGAAAUUUUACUUCUACGAGGAAAUGAAAAGUCGUGUUCCAGAAGAACACAAAAAGGGUAUAAUGGUGAAACUUGUAUGUGGAUCUAUUGCAGGUUUACUGGGUCAGACUUUCACUUAUCCUCUUGAUGUCGUUAGGCGGCAAAUGCAGGUCCAGCAACUCUCGCCUUCUAAUAGCCAAGAAAUGAAAGGCACGAUGGAUAGUCUUGUUAUGAUAGUACGAAAGCAAGGAUACAAGCAAUUAUUUUCUGGGCUUAGUAUUAAUUACCUGAAGGUUGUACCAUCAGUUGCAAUUGGCUUUACUGUUUAUGAUACAAUGAAAGCAUUCCUAAGAGUUCCAUCUCGAGAUGAAGCUGGCAUAGUAGUGACAAAUCAAACAAGCAACAAACAGGCGUCCUUGCAGUCCUAGUAGCCACCAAUGCUGGAAUAUGAUUUAACCAAUAAUGAGGCUCCUUGAGGUCAUUUCAUUUGUACAUUCCAUCCUAUUGUGAUUCAAGACGACCAUUAGGAAGGUUGCUAUUCUUAGAGUAGAGAUUAACAUUCUUGAAUUUAUUGCGACGAAAAGGUCGUUGUAUAGAUGUACUGUCUGGUGUCUCCUUUCACCUCUGGGAGAUCCACUUCCGUGUACAUAAAACAUUAUACAGAUCAAAGGUGGAAUCAUUUCUUUUAUAGGAACAUCUAUACAAGUGUAAUAGAUCCAGGUUUGACAGUUUAUGAAUGAUAAAUAGACUCGUGUUAAAAUUUA